AUGAGAUUCGACAGCGGGAGGAUCCUCUUCGUCGCAUGUCUGGUCCAGUGCUGCGCUCAUGCAGCCGAGCACGGGCCAGCAUGGUCAGGAUACAACAAGAAGGUCAUGUGGACGUCAAGGAGGCCGAUGGUGGAGCGUCUGCGGGGAGGAGAAGCACACAUUGCAACGAGAGAGAGGAGAGGCGACCUGGAGGUUCAGAAGAAGGGGCAGCAGUGCAAGGUCGUGAUGAACCAGGAGUACGUGGAGAUGCUGAAUGUGAAGACGCUCAAGCUCGUUCAGAAGUACAUGAGGGAGAGCAAGGAGAGGUGCCGAAAAGGAGGGCAGAUGGUGAAAGUUUGGGUUGAGUUCAAGGGUGGAGAGUCAGCACAUCAGGUCAACAUUGCGGGCUCCUGGUCCAAGUGGGCAGAGCAGACUACAAUGAAAAAGAUUCUCAAGAAGAACGGGCAAUAUGUAUGGGGAGCUGAGCUUCGGCUGCCUGUAGGAUUCCAUGCCUUCAAGUUCGUGGUAGACGGCAAGUGGAUCGCUUCCCCCGACUGGCCAAGAGUGGAUGAUGGAAUGAAAACAUGCGGCAACAACAUCCUAGUUGCCGGCGCUCCCCUGUACGGGCUGAAGCAGAUCGACGAGACGAGCGAGAGGAACAGGAGGGCCAACGCCAACAGCCUUGACAGAUCCUUUCUGCUCGCUGCCUCAAUCAGCGCAGACGUUUCGGAGAAGCUCGGUCAAGUCAUCGCAAUGCCAACGCCCAUGGAGAACCGAAACGAUCUCGGUAAGUCCGUUGGGAUCGCUCCGACAGUCAACCUGCAGUCCAUCGUUGGCGACUCGCAACUCUCACAGGAGAAGGUGAUCGAGGCCUUCCAGCAACUUUUUGUCAAGGGCCUGGAAAAGAGGCUCAGCUGGACAGGAGCGAUCUCUCUCGUUCCUAUCAGAUAUCACAGUGCUCCAAACGUCAAGUCUGUCAACCUGGUUGGUUCAUGGUCUGACUGGACGCAAUUGCACGAGCUUGAGAGAGUGGACGGAGAUACCUGGGAGACCUACGUGUGGUUGCCAGCAGGGAAGCAUUGUUUCAAGUUCCUCGAGGAUGACAGAUGGGUGCUGUCCCGUGAGUUUGCUGUGGACGAUGACGGGUUCAAAACGGGAGGGAAUAAUGUGAUGAUGCUGCAUUCUCCUCGCGACAGUGCCUCGAUCAAGCCGGAGGAGGAGGAGGAGGAGGGAGAGCAGGACGAGGAGAGGAAGAAGGGGAGAGACAGGAUGCUGUCAAACACACUCUCAGCUGUCAAGACUUUGCUCGUUCCGGAACACGCGCAAGGUCGAGCAGACGAUGUUUCCGCAGAGGACUUGAGCAUGAGCAGCUCUUCACCGGACUGGGAGCAGGCUCUGCUCAAGAAGAAAAGCAAGCAGGGAGCUGCCGCUGCCGCUGCUGCUGCUUCCGCCGCUGCCGCCGUCCUGCGCGAGGACAGCAUGCCGGAGAGUGAGAUAGAGGACGUAGAGGCCCUGCUGGCUGCUCGUUCCCCCUCCUACCCAAAGUCGAUGACGAGCGAUGCUGAGCUCCUGCUUGCCUCGGUGAUGAACUUGCGCGAUGAGGGGCCGGCGUCAGAGGAUGCGGCGCAGAGGGUGAAGGAGGCGAAGAGGAAGCUGGAAGCGAUCAGGCUGGUAGCGAACAAGCUUGCGUCGGCGUCGAGGGAGAGGGCGAGGAGGAUGUGGACGGCGGGAGAGACGGUGAGAAGGAAGGAGCUGAGCAGAGAGCAGAAGAGGAGAUUCGACUACAAGAUCGCUGAGGAGGAGAAGAAAGUCAUGCAGUUCAGCAUCAUGUCCGGACACCAGGUGUUCUACGAUGUGUACGAUGGAGAGGGAGGAGAGGAGGAGGAGGAAGAACACGUGGGAGGUGGAGAGGGGACGGCGCUGGGGUACGGGGACGACGCUCUCACCGCCGACUUCCACAUUUCUCCCCCCUUCGACGACCCGGGUCUGCAGGCGUUCCAGCACGUGGACGAGCUGCUGGGCAGAGACGAGCCGCUGUCAGGGUACGACGAGGCGUUUGUGGACGUCCCGAUGGCUGGGCUUGGAGGUGAAGUAGCAGCUGGGCUGGGUGGUGGGGAGUACCUGCAGGACCAGUUUGAUGUUGGAGAGUCGCUAUCAGCCAUCAGACAUCAGUACGACGACUAUGCUGGGGAGAUGCUGGGAGAGGAGCUGGGGGAGGACGACGAUGUGCAGCUGUCUGACAUGAACGACGUGGACCUUGACAAGUACCUGCUGGAGGAGGAGGACGAGGAGUACUUGGCAUCUGCUGGAGCUGGAGCUGGAGCUGGAGCUGGAGCGUAUGAGUACGAUCCAGUUGGCAAGUACGACACAUUGGAUGUGCGAGAGUUUGCUGUGGAGAUCGACGAUGCCGCUGCCUACCCUGACCCGAGCGUUCAGAGCUUCUCUGCCACAGGGCAAGUGGAGGAGUUCGGCGAGCAGCACCAGCACCAGCAGUACCAGCAAGCGGCUGUGCUGGAGCAGCAGGUGAGGAGGAAGCAGGAUCUGCACAGAGUCAGGUCUGCUGCUUCCUCCUCGGAUAUGUACGGGGAUUUCACUGAGGAGGAGAACGCGAGCAUCGAGCAAAGGUUCAGAGACGAGAUCACACAGCGUCUCCGAGAUAGCUCGAGGGUGGACGAGGAGGAAGAAGGGAGAGUGGAGGACACGUACUACAUGCAGCAUGGGGAGGAGGAGUACGAUCUCGGGGCAUACGAGCAGCACUAUGGCUACCCAGCUCCGUACCAGCAGGCGUACGUGGAGGAGGAGGAGAGGGGAGAGCGGGAAAGUGACCUGGAGGAGAACGAGAUCAUUGAAGACGAUGUGUAUGAGGAACAUGUAGCGGGGAAGCAGCAGGAGCCGGAGGCAGCCGGGUGGGAGCAGGCGGCGGUGCGGGCGGAGGAAGUGGAGGAGGAUCAGUCGGAGAGGGCGAAGGAGGAGCUGCAGAACAGGAGGGAGGCGCGGGCCGUGCAGCUUUUCAAGACCCUCGCGCGCGCGAGGGAGGGGAGGAGGAGGAGGAGGGCAGCGGAGGACUGGAACCAUAGGAGGAGGACAGCGCAUGCACAGCUGGACAGGCAUGAGAACACAGUCAACGAGUUGCUGCACAGGAUAGAGAGCGUGAUAUCAGAGUCGAAGGUCAUGUACGAGGAGGAGCUGCGGCAAGUUGCUGAGGACGAGCUCCUGCUAGACGGGCUGGGCUGCUCGCAGGAGGGGAGGGCGAGGGCCAGGAUGGACAGUACCACUAGGUACCUCUCCCCUCCCCUCCCCACCUCCUUCCUCCCCGAGUACGUCCCCGAGGAGUACUACGGUCACUCCUACGACUACGGGUGGUUUGCUGGGAUGCCGGAGGAGGAUGGGAUGGCGAGGAUGGAGGACGGGUACGGGUACUACGAGCCGGAGGAGGGGUACGACAUGCCCCCUGCGGUUGAUAACCGGUACUACUAUCCCUAUCAGUAUCCUGUGUAUGCCUAUGAUGGGUAUGCGAACUACCAUGGUUGA